CUGUGUUGCCUCUGGGAAGCAGCAGUCUUCGGGAACUGGGGUGUCAUCAGCCAGUCUCACUCCCCCAGGGAUGCCUGCGGCAAUCAAAGCUGCUCCAGAUGACAGAGGAAUGGAUCAAGCAAAUCAGGAAAGGAUAUUACCAGAGUGGGGAACAAACCAUAGGGAUAUACCUCUUUGCUUCAGCAAGAUGUCCCAAGAGUCUAGGAAGAAUUUCCCCCAUACCAAGCAAGUUGGGAAUUACCUAGUGGGCAAAAUGAUCAACAAGGGCUCCUUUGCCAAAGUGAUGGAGGGCUUUCACAUCCCCACUGGGGAGAAGGUAGCCAUAAAAGUCAUAGACAAGAAAAAAGCCAAGCAAGACUCCUAUGUUUUAAAAAAUAUGAAGCGGGAACCUAGGAUACAUCAGAUGAUUAAACAUCCCAAUAUUGUUCAGCUCUAUGAAACAUUGGAGACGGAAAACUCCUAUUACAUGGUGAUGGAACUGUGCCUAGGGGGAGAUCUCAUGGACAGAAUCUGCGAAAAAAAGAAACUGGAAGAAAGGGAAGUCAAGAAAUAUACCAGGCAGAUAAUGUCUGCAGUAGAACAUUUGCAUCAUCAUGGGAUUGUCCACAGAGAUCUGAAGAUUGAAAAUUUUCUUCUGGAUGAAAACAACAACAUCAGAAUCGUUGAUUUUGGACUGAGUAACAUCAUGAAGUUUGAGGGCCUUUCUCAAGAACUGCUAAACACUCAAUGUGGGAGUCCAGCCUAUGCAGCCCCAGAACUCCUGGCUCAUAAAAAAUAUGGACCCAAAGUCGAUGUCUGGUCCAUAGGAGUUAGCAUGUUUGCCAUGCUAACCGGCACGUUGCCCUUCACUGUGGAACCAUUUAAUAUCAAGCAGUUGCACCUCAAGAUGGUGAACGGUGAAAUGAAUCCCAUUCCAUCCGACAUUUCCACUGGAGCUGUUCAUUUUAUGCACUCUUUACUUGAACCUGAUCCAGCUAAGAGACCUGCUAUUAAAGAGGCAAUGAAAGACAAAUGGCUGAAUGACGGUAAUAUCAGGAAACCACUGAAUCCAUGUACAUAUAAAAAUAGACUUCGCCCUGAUGAGCUGAAUCCUGUUGUUUUGAGUUACAUGACAGAAACACUGGAGCUCAAUCUUUCGGAUGUUGUCAGUGUCUUGAUAAACAACAAGCCAUCUUAUAUAAUGGCAACAUACUACUUGCUAUUGAAGAAAUUAAUUAGAUAUCAGAAAGAACACGGGACAAUGAAGAAGGAAAGUACCUCAGAAAAGUUUGAUGUUAAACUUCCUGGGAGCCUAAGCCAAGAUGCAGAUGAUAUGCCAGCUUCUCAAAAGACAGAACAGGUUACAACAGAAAACUUGAAAAGCUGUGAGAAUAAAGUGUUUCCUUCUGUCCUGAACUCAGAAAUGCCAUAUGCUAUCCAGGAAGAUGAAAUUGCCAUCACUCUGGAAAACCAAGGAAUUUUACCAGAAGUUUCCAAGUUUGCAGACAGAGAAUUGGUUCAUUUUGAACCUCCUAAAUCUCCAAAUAAAUAUUUUUCAUGUGAGCCAUUAAAUUACACACAACUGGACCCACAGGAAAAUAUAGAAGAUGUUAAAGGUUUUUCAGAAGAGAGAAAAUCAUAUUUAUCUGAGAAGCCACCUUCUGCUUUAGGAAAUAACCCAGCAUAUUCUAUGAACCACCAGGCUCAGAGGUCCUUAAUGUCAUGUGCAAGUAGACUAACACCAAGGUCAGCAAUUGAAAACAGACUGGUAGACCAAAGUCCUAUGGUUUGCCCAGACACAAGAGUCAAGGAUCUUCUGAAAGCAAUGGAUGAGAAUCUUCCAUCUCUACCAUGGCAAUACCAGGAAAAAGAAAGCUCAGCUCUCUUGAUUAUGGAAUCACCACAUCUCUCACCUUUACCAAGGCUGAGACAAGUUGCCCUGAGGGACCCCAUCACUAAAAAGAUUUCAUUGAUGGGACUAUCACAGCAACAACCCAAUGGCUCAUCUCCAUUUUUUGUCAACGGGUCAAGACCGCCAAUUUUCCCCAUGACCCCACAACAAACACUUAUGGUAAGAAGCUUGAGGCAAUCCAAAGAAAAGUCAAAAGACUUCUUCAACAGUGGCAAGGUUAAGAGGAACUUUGUACAACUCAAACACACACCUAAGGAUGUGGACUUGAAUCUUCCAGUAUUAUCUCCACCAUAUCAAACAAGGUCAGGGAAAAAACCUGAGAUUUUAAGACUAGAUUUUGCAUAAUGUUUGCAAUGCAAUAUACUAAAUGAGUAGCAGUGGGGUGUAUGUGUGUAUGUGCAAAAAAGUGCAAAAAAAUGAAGAGACAAAGUGUUUGGCAAAUAGCUAGGAAGAUUGUGACAGGAGAAGGGAAAUGGAGUGGGAGUAAGUGGUAACACAGAGUACAGAACAAAUGGGUCCAAGUUAGUUGUGCACAUUAUAACAAAAGAAUAAAACUCUCUCACACACACCCCACAAGACCCACAAUAGGUUGAUUUCAAUGGAACAAAAUGCAACUAACAUCCACAAAGGAGGAAAUGAAUAUUCAAUAGCUGGCAGUUUUUUUGUUUCUAUUCCUAUUUUCACAGAACUCAUUUGUGAAUCCUGUGCCAAAUAGUUAAAUGUGGUUAUUUUAUUUUUUUAAAAAAAAUGUUUACACAACUGUAGGUACUUGAAAUUCACUGUUUCUUUCUUUCUUUGUUAUUAUGAGAAUCCAUAUUCAUGUUAAAAAUCAAAAAUGUGUCCUGUAGACUAACAAUUUAUUGGUGAGCACUUUCUGGUACACCUAAGUUAUCUAAGUCAUAUGCAUGAAUACUUCCCAACAGAGAACUUGCAUUGUAAUCGUGAGCCUGUGGCAUAUAUUUUUUAAUAGCAAGAAUGCAAUACCACUGCUCAUGUUCCUCCUAUGCCAUGUGGAUCUAUCCCUUCACAGUUUGGAUGAAUCCCAGAGUUGGACUUGGGAGCCUGGGUAUAAAAUCUUAGCUCAUAUUGGAGAACUCAUGAAUUGACUUCAACUGCAACUCCCUGGCCAACAUUACCCCAAACAAUACCAUUUAAAGAGAUGUUAACCUUUUAUACUGUAAACUUCAAGAGAGGUAAAGGCAAAGCACUGGAAACAUGAGAGUGGGUGUAUGGUACAAGAAUGGUUUAACUAUGUUUAGAAUAAUUCACUAGCUGACAACAGUCUAAACAAAUUUGAAUACUGGGGUGGCUGGACUAGGGAGAUGAUUUUGUGUGGUGUGGCUUUAUUUAAUGACGAAAGAAACCAAGUGAACUGGCACACAUGGCACAAUUUUUUGGAAUGAGGAUGAACAAAGUUUCAUAAGCAAAUUAUUUGUAACAACCUCUGUCAAAUCAGAAUAUAUAAUACACCAUAUGUUGCACUGGGUGUUUUUUUUUUGUAAAAAUAAAUAGUUUUUAAA